AUGAACUCCUCCUGGCUUAAAGCUAAUUGCUGCCCAUCAAGUUUUGGAAAGAUGAAAAGCUCGCUCCGCGUCCUUACGGCUGCCUGGUCAGGCAUGGGAGCGCUUGAGCUUGGAGCAUCUGCAGUAAAGCAGUCCUCCCAGCUUGUUGCUGAGAUGACCGUGAGGAGGUCUACCUGCGGCUCUCUGGUGGCUGUGCGGUCGUUUGCUGCUGCUGCAGCGCCCGCUGUCCAGGUUCCAGGAGUAUCAGGCGACGCCGCGGGGGUGUUGUCGUCCAUCGAAGCUCUCCUCAGCCCCGAGGCUCCAUCUACGGGCAAGGACGUGGCGGACGCGGCUGUAGCGCUGGCCUACCUGGGUGCUCGUGGCAACCGCAGGCUGUGGGGCAAGGUGCUUGAGAAGGCCGCCUCCCUGGGUCCUUCCCUGGACGGUCCCUCACUCGUUAACCUUAGCUGGGCGCUGUCCGCCGCCAACGUGGAGCACACCCGCACGCUGGCGGAGCUGGCGGGCCCGCUGGCAGCCAACCUGAAGAGCAUCAAGCCGUCGGAGGUCUCCUACGUGGUUGAGGCUCUUGGUAAGGCCGGCAUCGCGGACGUGGAGCUGUUUGCCACUGUGGCCGACCUGUCGGAGUCCAAGUCUGCUGAGCUGUCCGCAGCUGAUCUGGCGCGUCUGCUGUGGGGCUUCGGCUCAGCUGGUGUGCAGGACGGCAAGCUGGUGAAGGUGGCGUCUGCAGGUCUGGUGGCCAAGGCGGGCGAGCUGGGCGGCCGGGAGGCGGCUCAGGCGCUGUGGGGCCUGGCGGCGCUGCGCCGGGUGCCUGACGCCGCUCUCCUGGGAGUGCUGUCCAAGGCGCUCAAGGGCGGCGUGGAUGCCCCUGCGGACGCUGCUGCAGCUGCUUGGGCUCUGGCCACCUUGGCCGUCAAGGCGGACGCGGCCACUGUGAGGGCGCUUGCAGAUAAGGCGAAGGCCGGUGCCGGGGACCUGAGCGCUGCGCAGGCGGUGCAGGGCGGCUGGGGCCUGGCGAUGCUGGGUGACAAAGACGGAGCCGCCGCGCUGCUAGGCGCUGCGACAGCUGUUGUGCAGAAGGACCCCGCUGCUCUGAGCCCCUCAGCCCUGGCGCUGCUGUAUGCGGGCUCGGUGGCAGCUGGUGUGACUGGUCUGCCCGCCCAGGUGACCGAUUUUGCCGCCAAGGGCUUUGGCCUGGCGGUGGAGCACAGCCGUCAUGUGCGCGGCGCGGCUGCUGCCACAUUCUACAAGGAGGUUGCGGAGGCUGUGGCGUAUGCAACCGGUGCCAGGCACCGCCCCGACGUGGCUGCCAAGGUGGAGUCCUACGCCGUUGCUGCUCCGGACGGCUCCACCCUGGAUGUGGUGGUGCCGCUGGACGCGAACACCAAGCUAGCGGUCAUCGGCGUGGAGAGCGAGCUGCUGAGCACGGCCGGAGGGGUGCUGGGUGGUUCCCUGGCCGCCGUCCGGGUGCGCGAGGCUCAGGGCUUCAAGGUGGCGCUGGUGCCCCAGGCGGGCUGGCCCGCGGGCGCCCCUCUGCAGGCCCGUGCACAGGCUGUGCUUGUGGCCAUUAAGGCAUCGGUGCCCAGCCUCAGCUCCACGGUGGACAAGCUGGCCAAGGGCCUGUAAAGAAGGCUGAUUUAUGAUGGCUAGGGGAGUGCCUCAACCUGCAUUUGCAACGAGCAGUUCGGGCUUAUUGAAUAGGCUGGGAUAGUGUGGGUCGAACGGGGUGGAGGUUCGUUAACGCUGUGUCCGAAGGCUGUGUGGGGUUCGGGCUUUGUGGCGAAGUCUUACUUUCGCUGCUGCGCGAUGGUUUGCCCGGGCCUGUAAUGUUUUGGUCAACACUUCUAUUUACAGGGUUAUGCGCGCGAAGGCAGGCAGCGUUCAUCCCACCGGGUGGCAGUAACCGUUGACUCUAAUGCUUGAGUCUGUAUUGUAAUGUCCUUCCUUGUUGCCCUUUUCACAGCAAAAUUAUGUGCAGCCCGCCGUUGACAAAGUACAACCUAGCCUUCACGGUGGCAAAAACGUCAUGUAUAGGCUAAGGCAACACUUACCGCAAAAUACCUGCCACCAUCCAAAUUGUGCGCACGCGAGACCACCGUGUUCACCAUAAUCCGACAGCAACCCUUUGCUUGGUUGCUGUUCUUAAUCCCCUGGUCAUUAUAACCAUGAGCGUGAACGCCCAGGCUGCGCAUGUUGCCCAAAUACUGCAUCCCCUCCAUGUCGACAGUCAUGAGUUCAACCCGCUCAGAACCUUCCACACCUGUUUCCAGCUCUGGUCAUGACAGGAACGGAGAUCCAAUACCAUGAACGAAACCGUCUAAGCCUUAGUUCAUCACGACCAAGAACAGAAUUGACACCGACCAGAGCUGCCAGGACAUCUCUACCAAGAGAUCUGACAUCCUGUCAACUACAGGUGCAGCCGUUACUGGGCUGCCAUGAGCCUCGUGGCGGCAGCCGGAUCAGCGGGCCCACCUAUGGCCAUUGCGGUAGGUGCCGGGGCGGUCCCUCCUGCCAAGCCGCCGACUGCUGAGAAGCGCGAGGGACGGGGACCCUGCCGCAUGGGCAAACCCAGCGCAUGGAGUUCCUCGAAGCCCAUUGCCUCAUCAGGCUCCUCCGGU